AUGGCGGACGCUGACGAUUUAAUCUAUGAUGCAUACGCGGACGACUCCAUGGACGAAUAUUCGGACGUGGGCGACGCGGACUACAACGACCCUGGCGCCGACGCGGUCGACUAUAUGAAUGCGGCGAGCGACGAUGACGACGACGGUGAGAUCGACAUCAUGUCGGACGAUGGGAUGUUUGUCGAGCAGGAGAUGUCGGUCACCGAUGUGCGCAAGAAGCCGUACGAGGUCGAUUUCAAGUGCCUCGACAUUGCUGGCAUUGAAGCCGCGCAGCGCGUUCAGAUCGAGCACAUUGCAGGCAUGUUUAUGGUGUCGAAUGCGGAUGCGGCCGUGCUGCUUCGCCACUUUCAUUGGAACAAGGAGCGGUUGAUUGAGCGCUAUAUGGACGCGCCCGAGCAGGUCAAAUGGGAGGCGGGUGUGCUGGACAACCCCGCGUCCCAGAAACUCUUGACCCUGUCCAACUUUACGUGUGAGGUGUGCUUCAUGUCGGCAGACGACUACGAUGGCCAAAUUGAUACGAUGGCGCUUGCCUGCGGCCAUCGGUACUGCAUCCCUUGCUACACGCAGUACGUGGAGCAAAAGGUGCGUGAAGAGGGCGAGAGCCGCCGGAUCCAGUGCAUGAACGGGGCGUGCAAGCUGGUGGUGGACGAAGAUACCAUGUCGAAGCUGCUUCCUGCUGCCGUGCUCGAGCGUUACCGAGUCCUGCUCGACCGGACGUACGUCGACGACCACAAUACCCUGCGGUGGUGUCCCGCCCCCGACUGCGAGCGUGCGGUGGAGUGCCAUGUCUCGCAGAAGCAGCUGCGGACGGUCGUGCCGUCGGUGCGGUGCGACUGCCACCACUGGUUCUGCUUUGGCUGUGGCCUUGCUGCACACCAGCCCGUGAUCUGCGCGAUCGUCAAGCUGUGGCUUAAAAAGUGCGAGGACGACAGCGAGACGGCCAACUGGAUCAGUGCCAACACGAAAGAGUGCCCCAAGUGCAACUCGACGAUCGAGAAGAACGGCGGGUGCAACCACAUGACCUGCCGCAAGUGCCGCUACGAAUACUGCUGGAUGUGCUCGGGCCCGUGGUCCGAGCACGGCAACAGCUGGUACCACUGCAACCGCUACGACGAAAAGGCCGGCUCCGAUGCGCGUGAUUCGCAGACGAAGAGUCGUUUGUCGCUUGAGCGGUACCUCUUCUACUUUAACCGCUUUGCAAACCACGAGCAGUCGGCGCGUCUCGACCGCGAGCUGUAUCGGCGUAUCGAGAAGAAGAUGGACGAGAUGCAAGCCACGUCGGACCUCACUUGGAUCGAGGUGCAGUUCCUGAAGAAGGCGGCGGAUACGCUGACCGAGUGCCGCAUGACACUCAAGUGGACGUACUGCAUGGUGUACUACCUGGAGCGCAACAACAUGACGGAGCUCUUUGAGGACAAUCAGCGCGAUCUGGAGCGCGCUGUGGAGGAGCUCUCGGGCCAGCUCGAGAUGCCGAUCGAUCGGGACACCAUUCCCGUGAUGCGCCAGAAAGUGACGGAUCUGACCGCCUAUGUGCAAAAGCGCCGCGAGAUCCUUUUGACUGACACCGCCAACGGAUACCAAGAAGACCGCUGGCACUGGAAUGUAAAUGUGUAA